AUGUCGUCCCAGCCAGAGCACCCUACCCUCCUUAUCCCGGGGCCCAUUGAGUUUGACGAUGCCGUCCUCCAGUCUAUGAGCCACUAUAGCGAGAGCCAUGUUGGCCCCGGCUUCGUCUCAACUUUCGGCGAGACCCUCUCCAUGCUCCGCAAGCUCUUCCAGACCACCGACCCUGCAUCGCAGCCCUUCGUCAUCUCCGGCUCCGGCACUUUAGGCUGGGAUAUCGUUGCCUCUAACCUCGUUGAGCCGGGCGAGGAUGUGCUGGUUCUGACGACUGGGUACUUCAGCGACGGCUUCGCCGACUGCCUCAAGGUGUACGGCGCAAACGUCACUCAGGUCAAGGCGCCUGUGGGCUCGCGCCCGCAGCUACCCGAGAUCGAGAAGGCUCUCUCCGAGAAGAAGUACAAGAUGAUCACUGUCACGCACGUCGACACCUCGACAGGUGUGCUCAGUGAGCUGAAGAAGCUGUCCGAGCUGGUUCAGCGCGUUUCGCCUGAGACUCUGAUCAUCGUGGACGGUGUGUGCAGUGUUGCCUGCGAGGAGAUUGCUUUCGACGAGUGGAAGUUGGACGGCGUGGUCACUGCGAGCCAGAAGGCCAUUGGUGUCCCGGCUGGUCUAUCGAUAUCCAUGUUCAGCGGCAAGGCCAUGCAGACUCUCCAGAAGAGAAAGUCCCCUCCUGCUUCUUACUUUGCGUCCAUGAAGAAUUGGGCUCCCAUUAUGCAGAACUACGAGGCGAAGAAGCCCUCAUACUUCGCUACCCCGUCUCCUCAGCUUGUGCAUGCUCUACACACGGCACUAACUCAGAUCCUAUCCAAGCCCCUUUCCGAGCGAUUCGCGAAGCACCGCGAGGCGUCAGACCGGAUCAAGCAGACCGUUGCGUCCCUUGGGCUGAAGCAGGUUGCUGCCAACCCUGAUGACCAGGCCCACGGCAUGACUGCCAUCUACCUUCCUGAGGGUGUCAAGGCUGCUGAGCUCCUGCCUAGCCUAGCAAAGAAGGGCAUUGUGUGGGCUGGUGGUAUUCACAAGGAGAUAGCACCCAAGUAUGUCCGCUUCGGUCAUAUGGGCGUCAGUGUGUUGAAUCCUGAAAGAGGUGAUAUCGAGAAGGCUCUCAAGGCCCUUGAGGAUGGUUUGUUCGAGUGUGGAUACCAGAAGGCAUAG